GACGCUGACAAGAAGAGCGGCGGCCCCGUCAAGCCCCCCUACUCGUACAUCGCGCUCAUCACCAUGGCGAUCCUGCAGGCGCCGAAGAAGCGCGUGACGCUGAGCGAGAUCUGCGAGUUCAUCAUGAACCGGUUCCCGUACUACAAGGCCAAGUUCCCCGCGUGGCAGAACUCGAUCCGCCACAACCUGUCGCUCAACGACUGCUUCGUCAAGGUGCCCCGCGAGCCCGGCAACCCCGGCAAGGGCAACUACUGGACGCUCGACCCCGGCGCCAUCGACAUGUUCGACAACGGCUCCUUCCUGCGGCGCCGCAAGCGCUACAAGCGGCAGCACCCGGACUUCCUCAACGACCCGCACAUGUUCUCGCUUCUGGCCACGGGCAUGGUGGACCCCUACCACCUGCAGCAGCACCACCACAUGCAGCAGCAGCAGCAGCAGCAGGCGGCCGCCACCGCUGCGCUGCUGGCGCCGCACCCCGCCAUGCUGCACCGCCCGAUGCCCGUCGCGCACCACCCCUACAUGCCGCCCGCGCACCUGCAUCCUCACGCCCACCACCACCACGCCCUCGCGCAGCAGGCGGACUUCCUCCGGCAGUUCCGCGGUUCCCUCGGCCCUACCGUGCAGCAGAUCGCCUCCCUCGGGGGCCCCGCCCUUCAGCAGGCGAGCGCCCUCAGCCCCAGUGCCCAGCAGGUCGCCGCCCUCGCCAGCCCGCCCGCACAGCAGCACCCGAUGGGCGCCCGCCGCAGCCCGCCGGCGCCCGGCCCCGUCGUGGCGCCCUUGGCCUUCAAGCCAGCCCUGGCCGGCUCGCCCUCGCCGCCCCUCACGCGCCCCGCCGCCCGCGCCGCCUUCACCAUCGACGCCAUCAUGGGCCGCGACAAGGCCUGCACGCCCCCGCCGCCCACUUCCGUCUCGCCGCCCGCCUCCAACGCCUCGCCGCCCAUGUGCCGCCCGCAAAGCCUUCAUCCGGCGCUGCCCUUGGCGGCCGUCAACCCCGAGCCCUUCUCCAGGCUGCUCAUGGCGCCGUUCCUCGCCCACAAUCUCUCACGCCCAUUCCCGCACGCACUCCCCCCCACGACCUCCCUCGCACCGACGUCCAUAUCGCGCCGAUUUAAGAAAAGAAAAAGAUGUUUCGAGGAUGCUACACUGAUUCCACGGUCUGGAGAUGAAGAGCGAGACAUGCCUGGAUCCGGUGGUCAGCCUGUCAUCUGCCAGCUUCCCGAGGUGAGAGGUAAUGGUACACGGGCUUUAGAAUUCCUAAAGGAAAUAUAUAGAGACUGCAGUAUUCUGUACAUCGAUAUAGAACGUAAGAAAAUUGAACAAUGUGUAAUAGAGA